UGUCUUCCAUUAUAUUUCUUCUCUAUCAUCAUUUCCUCCAAAACCUUAAUUCUUUGAGAAUUAUAUGAAUCUUGAAAAAGAAAUGAAAAAUUAGGAGGAGGAUCAAGAAAGAAAAAAAAAUAGAAUUCGGGGUUCAGUUAUUAGGCAAAUUUAAAGCUACAAAUGUUGUUCUAAUUCAGUACAAGUAUCGGAAACUCUGUCCACCAAGGGAAUUGCAAUUUGAGGGGCUUUUUUCCGGGAGCUGCUUCGUGUGAGGUGGCUCCAUCUGAAGAUAUUGUCAAUACAAGGAUGCUAUAUCAGCCUAGUAAAUGGUAUUCUGAAGGUGAUGUUUAAUUGUAUUUCGGUGAUAGACUCGUAAUUAAGUAUGUAAGUGGAGGCAGUACCAUCUUAGAACAUAUGCACCAGUAACUGGAAAUAAAGUUGAGGCCCUUGCACCACCGACUUUAAUCAUGGAUUCUGAGCAAGAGAGUGAAGGAAGAAGAGAUUCAGAUGCUACUUUAGAUGAAAGCGAAAUAGGGUCGUCUAAAAGUUCGGAAUAUUCUCAAUCCAUCUCGUCUUCGACAUCAGGCUCUUCUUCAGAUGAUUACAUCCAAGUGGAUCCAAAAAUAGUAUUCAACUCUGUCCCAUCGGGUGUAGCAUCUUCUAAAUCUCACUCCGAUGCCAAACUUAUAUCUCAAAGUGAUACGUGCCAUCAAUUGGAAGAAUCCUCGAAAACUUCUACAAGUUCCACCUCACAGGUUUCAGAUGUCACUCAUGAAUCUGCAUUCCCGACCAUGUCACCUACACAAUCUCCUUCUAUACAGGUGAUGGAAAGGCAGGCAGUUUUUGAUCCCAAUAGAAUUCCCUCUUCCGUUUUUGGGAGUAAGGAUUCGUCCUCUAAGGAAUGGAGCACUGCUUCUAACGAAUCAUUGUUCAGUAUCCACACUGCUGGAAAUGCUAGUCCUGCAAGGGAUGAUAUUGUAAUGACUGAUGGAGAUUUCAAACGGUCAAAGAAACGAGACAACUCAUGUGCAGCAUUAGAUAAAUAUGAAGAAAUUAAUAAGUCUGGCGAGCCAACUAGGUUUAGGCAGCCCUUGCCAGCUGCAAAAGGAAGAGAAUGUAAGGAAAAGAUCCAUGAGAAAGGAAGGAAUGUAAAUGCUGUAAACAACCUGUUAGCAGCAGGUUCAGAUGAACCAACAAAGAGAGUAGUCCGUUUUAGAGAGGAAAUAAAAGUAGGAGACAUCAGAAAUCAUUCUGCUGUCGUUGGCCUCUCUGAUGGAAAUAAAGGCUUUAGGGACUCCUGCACUGCCGUUCGCCAUUCUGAUGGGAAGGGCACGUCUCCUGUCUUUCCAAUAAAAAAGAAGUCUUCUUGGUGGUCAUGCUGUUGUUCUUGUAGUAGUGGUUCUUGCUGCUCAAGUUGGCCAAGCUGCUCGUUGAAGUGCUCAGGUUGCUCUUGUAACUGGUUAAGCUGCUCAGGUUGCUCUUGUAAGUGGCUAAGCUGCUCAGGUUUCUCCUUUAAGUGGCUAAGCUGUUCAAGUUUCUCUUGUAAGUGGCUAAGUUGCUCAGGUUGCUCUUGUAAGUGGCUAAGCUGCUCAGGUUUCUCCUUUAAGUGGCUAAGCUGUUCAAGUUUCUCUUGUAAGUGGCUAAGUUGCUCAGGUUGCUCUUGUAAGUGGCUAAUCUGCUCAGGUUGCUCUUGUAAGUGGCCAAGCUGCUCGGGUUUCUCUUGUAAGUGGCUAAGCUGCUCAGGUUGUUCUUGUAAGUGGCCAAGCUGCUCAGGUUGCUCUUGUAAGUGGCCAAGCUGCGCAGUUUGCUCUUGUAAGUGGCCAAGCAUGCCUGUCGGCUGCUGCAAAUGGCCAUGCAGCCAUGGUGGUUGCUGCAAAUGGCCGAGCUGCCAAUGCAAGUGUUUAACCUCGCUACGCUGCUGCUCCUAGUGUCCAACUUCUCGUAGCAACUGCAAGUGCCUGACAUGGCAAAGCUCUGUGUGCAACUUUUCUGCACUGUAGCUGGGCGUUCUGCUUUGUGGGACUAUAAAUUAUUUGAUCUUGCCAGUUUGACGGAAGAGGAACAAUGUAUGUGAAAAGGAUAGCCUGAGCACCAGCAUACCCAUUGAGCUCUGUAGUUGCUUCUAAGGAGCAUUCCAAAAGCUAUUGUGCCUGCCUUUGUUCUUACGGUUGAUGCCCUUCUUGUAAUUCUUGCCAUCCCAACUCUAGCUGUUUCCUAGGACGUGAAGGCCUAAUUCCAUUUCGGCCCUCCUCCUACUUCUGCCUCGUUCAUUAAAAAUGCUUGCCACCCACAUGCAUAGGUUCCGUAGAAUCAAGAGAAUUUAGAAGUUUAAGUAGCAUAAUGUUAUCAGCAGCAACAAGCUUGGCAAAAUUGUGGAGAUUCAUAGUAGCUAAUCUAUUCAAGCAUUGAACAAUGUCCAAUAUCUUGAAUUCUUUUAGUGUAAAUAAGUAGGCAGUGGAGCUUAGAUAUAUAUAUUUGUUGCCUCACAUUACUAAGUC